AGAGGAAGCAACCAUGCAGGUGCUAACCAAGCGUUACCCCAAGAACUGCCUGCUGACCGUCAUGGACCGGUAUUCGGCCGAGGUGCACAACAUGGAGCAGGUGGUGAUGAUCCCGAGCCUUCUGCGGGACGUGCAGCUGAGUGGGCAUGGGGGCCAGGCCCAGGCUGAGGCCCCCGAUCUCUACACCUACUUCACCAUGCUCAAGGCCAUCUGUGUGGAGGUGGAACAUGGGCUGCUGCCGCGGGAGGAGUGGCAGGCCAAGGUGGCAGGUGGCGAAGCUGAGGAGGCUGAGAAUGGAACUGCAGAGACAGAGGAAGUCGAGGAUGAGAGUGCCUCAGGAGAGCUGGAACUGGAAGCCCAGUUCCACCUGCACUUCUCCAGCCUCCAUCACAUCCUUAUGCACCUUACCAAGAAAGCCCAGGAGGUGACAAGGAAAUACCAGGAAAUGACGGGGCAAGUUUGGUAGACCUUGGACACUAGGGAAGGUCCCUUCACAUGAUAAAAGGCAGACUCUGAUGAGGCCGGCGGAGCAGUUCACCAGCCGAUGAUGAGAGCAGAAAGGCCUAGACCUGCAGCCAGAAGUGAAGGCGGCUCACUUCUCUGGGAUGCUUCUCUAACUCCUGAGCACCAAUUCCUGGAUUCUAGUCACUGGCUCACCUUUAGAAUGUCUGUUGCUAUUAUUCACUGCUCCCCUCGCUCCUCUUACCAGCUUGGGGAGGUGACCAGGAGGGACUAGACAGUUACCUGUCCUGUGUGGUAUGGUGGGAAGAGCGUAGGUGUUGGCAUGUGACCAAAAUUCACAUCCCUCCUCAUGGCAGUCAUUCAGUGUGUACUUGUGCAAGUUAUUUAACCCAUUGGAGCCUAAAUUCCCUCAUCUAUAAAAUGGGGAUAAUAUUAUGUACCUCACAAGUUGAUGAAAACUAAACAUGAUGAAGCAAAAGCACUUGGCAUGUGAGGGCUAUUAAAAUAGCCUGAUUUUUUUUUUUUCUCCCUCUUUCUCCUAUGUAUUUGCUCUGGCCCUUGCUUUUUACCCUCCAGAGCUAAGGGGUAGCAGACAGUCUCUUGGGAUGAGUGGUUCACCCUCUUUUACUUGGCGACCACUGAUGAGGCCAACAACAAGUGAACUAUAAACAUAUUUAUUGCAGAAGUAAUUAAAAAAUAACAAAACCUUGUA